AUGUUUGUUCGCAAAGGAACAACGCUGCGCAAGAAACACCAGUCUGUUAGACGGCCGCGGAGGCCAUCUUUGCCACCUCAGUAUACGACCUCUGACCCGGAAGCUGGAGAAACGUCUUCCGGUAACGUGCAAACUCAACUAACAGGGAUUUCCACGGGAUCUACGGCUUCAUCGACAAUGACACUAAACGAAGAGAAGAACUUGAUGCACCACAGCAAGACCUGCUUGACCAGUGAAAACUACCAGACGGUCAGCUAUGGUUCUAUCCUGUUCCAGCUGCGAGAGGCCCACGCAGAGUCCGCUAGUCUGUUCGACUUCUUGCAACGAAUCUGUGAGAUCAUAUGGCAGUCCAUCGCCAUGACGAUUUUUCUCUUGAUUUUGUUUGGUCUGCCCGUCUCUAUGCUAGCCAUGGGAACAUCCUAUUUGGAAGAGUGCCCUAAAGAACCUAAGAUACCCAUUUACCUGUUAGUCGGAGGCGCAUCCAGCUUCGUCCAUCUCUGCAUCCUCAUCUGGCAGCAGAAGAGGUCGCGAGCGUUGAUGCUCCUGGACGAAAACAAAGACGACGAAGACAGUGAAGAGGAUGAUGUCAUGACCCGCAGCUAUCGUUUUACCUGGUACAUCCUGACGCUGUUUCUCCUGAUAUGGUUCGCCUGGGGAAACUACUGGCUCUUCUCGAUCUGGAAACCAAAUUUUACGCAACCAUUGCAUGAACCCAGAAACUGGUGCUCCCGCCGACUCUUCUAUUACACCUUUUAUAUGACAGUUACCUGCUACUCCUUAUUUGGGAUAGCUGUAUUUGGGUUUUUGGGUUGUCUUGUGGCUUAUUUGUGCGGCCUGCGACGGACGUAG